AUGGAGAGUGGGGUUGGGGAGAGGGUGAAUGUCUUGGAGGAGUCGUGGCUUCCUGAUCAUGAUAACCCACUGGUGCCGCCAAAAGGGAAGAAUUUGUUGUGGAGGGAGGUUUUAGGUUGCUUGCCCACAAAAUCACAAUUGAAGAUGAAGCAUGUGGCUAUAGAUUUGUACUAUCCUUUCUGUAAUAUGUCAGAGGAGACCAUCUAUCAUAGUUUGGUUAUUUGCUCAUUUGCUCAAGAAGUUUGGAACAGCUUGACGGUAGAUGUGAAUGCAGAUGGUUUUGAAGUGUUUGGGGAUUGGUUCGAUGCCAUCUUUCAGAGAUAUUAUAAGGAUCGAAUGGGGAAGAUAGCAACGAUUUGCAAGGCACUUUGGGGAGUGAGAAAUUAUCUGGUUUGGAACCAUAAGGGUACGACUACAGAUGCUUUGGUUACAUCAGUUUUACUUUUCCUUGAGCAAAGGAUUAAUGCUCAGGACAGAAACUUGGAUGUCUCAAUGGAGUCUUUCUUACCAGGGGACGAGAGUGAGCAUUGGGUUUGCCAUCAAGAGAAUACAGUUAAGGUCAAUGUUGGUGUAGCUUUGUUUAAUGACCCUAUGUGUUAUAGUUACAGUGUUGUUUCCAGAAGUACAAAUGGUCUCUUGGUUGAAACAAAAGUAGUGUCCAAACAGGGACGAAUCCAACCUAAUGUAACGCCCUACUAA